GUGUACCAGUUAAUAAAAUCUUAGAAGACAUCAGAUCAUCAAAUGUUGAAAGUGAUAGUAUAAAACGAAUUCACUUAAUUGAAAAAAAGGACAUACAUAAUAUCAAAAGAGAUUAUAAUAUAUCAUAUGCUACCAAAAGACAUGAAAACGAUUUAAUAAGUGUUAAUCUUUGGGUAAAAGAGAUGAUAGCGAAAGGUGAUGAAAGUCCAAUAAUAUAUUUUAAACAACAGGGAAACAGUGACAAUAAUGUUCAAAGUUUUACAAAAGAUGAUUUUUGUCUAAUCAUAAUGACACAGUUUCAGUCAGAGUUACUAAUGAAAUUUGGAAAUGAUAAAGUAUGUAUAGACGGAACUCAUGGGUUAAAUGGGUAUAAUUUUCAGUUGUAUACUAUAGUUGUGGUGGAUGAGUUUGGAAACGGAUAUCCCGUUGCAUUUUGUUUUUCUAAUAAAUCUGACACCGCUUUAUAUAAACAUUACUUUCAGUGCAUUAAAAAUGUAACCGGUAAAGUUACAGCAAAUGUGUUUAUGUCCGAUGAUGAACCAGCGUUCUAUAAUGCCUGGAACGCUGUUAUGGGUCCUGCAGAAAAACAGCUUUUAUGUACUUGGCAUGUAUUAAGAAAUUGGACAAAAAAUUUAAGCAAAAUACAAUGCAAUGAAAAGAAAACCAUUGUAUUCAAAACCUUAAAAGCAUUGUUGUAUGAAACUAAUGAACAUUAUUUUUAUAUUGAACUCCAAAAAGUAUUAGAUGACUUAUUUAAUGAUACAGAGACUGAAGAUUUUGGGAAGUACUUUAAAAUGAUGUAUUCAUGUAGAGUAGAAAAGUGGGCAUAUUUCAAUAGAAAACACAUUGGUAUAAAUACAAAUAUGUACUUAGAGGCACUUCACAAAACCAUAAAAUAUAGUUAUUUAGAUGGGAAAAAAUGUAAAUGCUUAGAUCUGUCAAUCAAUGCACUUAUGUCAUUAGUUAGGGAUAAAAGUUUUGAAAGGAUUAUUAAAAUUGCAAAACAAAAAAAAACUUCUAAAAUUAAUCAAAUUAUUGCAGCUCAUAAAAAAUCUUCUGAGGUAACAUCAAAUAUGAUAUCAGAAGUUGAUGGUUACUGGUUGGUUAAUUCUACAACUAACUACAAUGUCCAUUAUAAAGUUGAGAAAACAAAUUUUUCAUGUAGUGAAUGUGUUUUGAGUUGUGUUGAAUGCCAGAUAUGUGUUCAUACCUAUAAGUGCUCAUGCAUGAAUAAUGUAAUUUACUUUAAUAUUUGCAAGCAUAUUCAUGCAUGUGCAAAACAAAAAAAAAAUAUUUUAUUACCAUGUAAACCUGCAGUAACUUCAACAUCUUUAACAUAUGAAUUAGCUGUUGAUAAUGGUUUCCUACAACCAAACGAAACUCAGCCAAAGUUAGAUGAAAAUACAGAUAAUACAGGUGAAAUCACAAAUAAGUUAGAGUCAAUACUGGGAAUGGUGAAUCGUACCAAGUUAAAUGACAUAGAUCAAAAAUAUAUAAUAAAACAAUGUGAUAAAAUAAUUUCGAAAUUGGCCAAAAAUACAGAUUUUAAAAAUACUUCAAAUGUAGGAAAGAAGAGAAAUAUUGAACCUCAAACCAGAUUUUUUACCAACAAAAAAAAAAGAAUUGAACCACCUACUUUAUCAUCUAAUGAGAGUAAGCAUAUUAGAGAAUCAUUAAGGAAUUCUUCCAAUGAAACUUUAUUCAUAAGUACAACACAAAUGUUUGACCACUCCUAUUUAUAAAUUAUGAUUACCUAUCUAUUAACUAUUAUUAUCUAUAAAUUAU